GAGCGAGUGGCGUCAGAGUUCUCUGGAUCUUUAAAUGUGCUGUGAUAGACUCAACAAAGCUCGUCGCUGCGAGCUGCACUGAGCUAUCAUUAUGAAAACGACAACGGGACGGAAUUAUGAUCGGUUUAUUGCCAGAGGAAUAUGACACAGGGAAACAGAGCUGCUGAGUCGAAGUUUUGUCAGGUGUGGAAGAGAAAAGGCGUUUGGACAUUAAAGGCGAAAACCCACAUUGAUUAGAUCCUGCUCUACAUGUCUCAGAAGAGCUCCUGAGCCCUCUGAAGAUGCAGAGGUUUUCUGCCUUACAAAAAAACGUGUCUCCAGCAGCAGCUUUCAGCAGUAGUCUGACUGAGGUUGUCCACGUCUAAUGCUACCGUGCAGUUAUCCAUGUUUGGUUGAAUCUGGCAUCGACUCCACCUUUCAUGAUGGUUUAGUCUUGCUGUGAGAGCACAACAAUGACAUCCAUGGUUGCCAAUGGGAAUCGAGGUGGCAAGUCACUGGUCCUGAAAGGAGUGGACCCUGAAACAUGCAUGAUCGUGUUCAAAAACCACUGGGCACAGGUGGUGAAGAUUCUAGAGAAGCAUGACCCAUUGCGCAGUAAUGCUGGUGGCCUGGGUGGAGGUCACGGUCUUGGUGGGGGUGGAGGACUCGGCAGCUUCCGUUUUGGUCCAAUCCCUGGCGAUGAGGCCAGUGCCGUGCAGAACUAUGUAGAGCACAUGCUCUUCCUCCUCAUGGAGGAGGAGUGUGGUCAAAAUGGGGCCAUGGGGCCCAUCCUGGAGUUUGUGGUGAUGGAGAACGUGUUGGAGAGACUGUUUAUCUGGAGCCUGAGACGAGAAUUCACAGAUGAUAUGAAAUUAGAGCAACUGAAGAUGUAUGAGAUGCUGGUUGGUCAAGCCAAGCAGCCAUUACUUCAUCAUAAACCGGUGCUCAAGCCUUUAAUGAUGCUCUUGUCGUCCUGCUCCGGCUCCCCAUCAGGUCCAAGCUCCUCUGCUGUGGAGUCAGAACUUGUGCUGCUCCUGAACCAGCUGUGCUGUGUUCUUGCUAAAGACCCAUCAGUCCUGGAGCUUUUUUUCCAUACGAGUGAGGACCAAGGAGCUGCUAAUUUCCUCAUCUUCUCCCUACUCAUCCCUUUUAUUCAUAGGGAAGGAUCAGUCGGACAGCAGGCCAGAGAUGCACUAUUGCUUAUCAUGGCUCUUUCUGCUGAGAACCAUGUUGUGGCCAAACACAUCGCAGAGAACACCUAUUUCUGUCCGGUUUUGGCUACAGGUCUGAGUGGACUUUACUCAUCUUUGCCUACCAAGUUGGAUGUACCCAGUGAGGAGUGGCACUGUCUGCACCGUGAGGACUGGCAGCAGCUGCCUGCUGUUGUGCAAUUUCUUAACUCCUUGGAGUUCUGCAAUGCUGUCAUACAGGUGGCCCAUCCUUCCAUCAGAGACCAGCUGGUUGGCUACAUUUAUAAUGGAUUUCUGGUACCAGUUCUAGCACCAGCAUUACACAAGCUGACACUUGAGGAGGUGAUGACCACAACAGCAUACCUGGACCUCUUCAUACGCAGUGUUUCUGAACCCGCAUUGCUGCACACCUUUCUAAGCUUCAUUCUGCUCCAUCGCCAUGACAAUGUACACAUUUUGGACACACUAGUCAGUCGCAUCAACACUCCUUUUCAGCUUGGCACUGUAUCGCUGGCCCUGUUCCGCACUCUCAUUGGCUUGUAUUGUGAGGAUGUCAUGCUCCAGUUGGUUUUCAAGUACCUAAUCCCCUGUAACCACAUGAUGUUGAGUCAGCGUAGAGUCCUAAGAGAGAGAGACUGUUACUCUGUAUCGGCCGCCAAGUUUCUAGCCCUUACACCCUCCUGCUGUUCUCCAGAGGUCGUCCCCCCUCCACUCAGACAACUGGACUCCAUUCUAUGGUCAAAAGUCACUGAUGGCUCCCAUAUAGGAACUAUAGAAUCAAAAGAGGUCAUCUCAGAGGAGGAUGACUCUGGUAACUCGUGUGUCAUUGGCUCGGAGAUCUACCUGGAUGUCAGUUACUUGCACUACUUGUAUGAUGCACAAAACAGUAUCAGUCACUGUAUGCGAGCAUGCCGUGUUUGGUCGGCCCCUUACGAUGGUGAGAACCCUCCUCCAGAAGAAUACCAGUGCAGUACCUUGGAAGAAGCAGGUAGGACUCGGCCACCAAAUACCAGCAGGAAAACCCCAAAUCAAAUGCAUCGCUCUGGUCCACCCCUCAAAGACCUCACUGCUACUCCUGGAUUGCUGGAACUGGAAUGGGAUGAUAGUUAUGAUGCUUGUCCUACACAGCUACAUCCGGAAGAAGAUCAGGAGACUCGUCCCAUCCCAGACGAGCCUCCAAAACACAUUCAAGAACUGCGGAAAACUGCUAUUAUGAUUGUGAAGGGCUCUUACAUUGAAGAGUCUGAGUUCCAGAAUGAUGUUAUGGUCUAUGACCUGGUAGCUCAGAAGGAUGCUCGUGACUCUGGUAACAGCUAUCAAGCUCCAUCCAAUCCUACUGAACCAGCAAAGCAGGAAAUGUUAGCUGGACCAGUAACUGAUCAAAAGAUUACAAAUUCAGAAUCCUCAGUGAGCAAUGGCUUGAGCUCCCCAUUAGAUAUAGACAGUAAAAAGAGAGGGUCCCAAUUAGACCACAAGUCACUGGAAGGGGAGGACCUCAUGGCCCAGUAUGAGGAACUCAUACGGACUCUGGGUGCACAUCCUAUUAGUCCAGCAAAAACAGACAGUGAACUCAAGAGUCCUACAGACCUCAUGGAUGAGGAUGAAGAUGAGAUUGACUUUAACUCUUUCUCAGCAGAGACACCAGAGGCAGAAAAGUUACCGUCUCCUUUUGGGACCAAACCCCGCAGUGGGAGCAGAGGGCAUGCUGUGCCUUUUACAGGGCCUUUUCUGAGUGUACUGCUAUCACGUCUAGAAAACAUGCCGAGUAAUUCUCUCCAUGUGAACUUGCUUCUGACUGGCAUCCUGGCCCAGUUAGCUGCUUAUCCUCAGCCCCUGCUGCGCUCCUUCCUUCUCAACACAAACAUGGUGUUCCAGCCUAGUGUGCGCUCUCUAUACCAGGUACUGGCUUCAGUGAAGAACCAGAUAGAACAGUGGUCAGCGAAUAGUAAAGACUUCUCUGAGCUUCUCACAGCUGCCCAGCACUGCUUAUUGGCCAGAGAGAGUUCACUAAGAGACUCUCCGAGUCCACAGAAUGGAGAUUGUUUCCAUGGUUCUGAAGCAGACCGAAUCAAGAAGAAUCCACCUAUCCAACCCAAAACUGUGGUUCCCUUAAACAAAACCGAGGUAUACGCUACAGUUCUGUUCACAGAGUUUCUAAAAGAACUAGCGGCCUUUGCACAAGAACACUCCAUCCUUUCUCAUCUUCCCGCGGAGCAGUAGCCUUCAGUUUUUAUGUUUGUUGUUAAUGUUUCCAGGAAACCUUUGAACUGACAUUUUGAAUGAUGUUUAUUUCUUAUUGAAAGCACUACAACUACACUGUAAACUCUAAAUUAAUGUGGGAAUGUUUUUUCUGACUUUUUAGAUAUUUUGAUGGGGUUCUUUCAGUAUGUUUUUAUCUGUUGUGUGAACAAUCCUUGAAACUUCCACCAUUUGAUUAUGCAUUAUCAAACCUGCCAUAAAGCAGUCAUUGAUUUGCCUUCAUUUCUUAAAACCGACUUAGGGACACAAAAUGCUGGAUGUCUAACUGAAAUUUUAGGCCAGAACUAAAUGGUGAAGAGGCAUUACACAUAAAUAACACUCGUUAUUAAUAACAUUUGAGGACCUGAAUCUCUGAAGAUUCUUUGUACAGUGCUGCUAAUGUCUUUUUGCUGGAAUGUUCCUAUGGUGGCCUUAUACUGAUAGUGCCUAUUCCUUUAGUCCUUAAUUUUCAACAUUGUCUUUACAGUUUUAUAUACAGUAAAACUUGGUAAACCUGGUCAUUGGCCAUUUUAUACAACUGACUAAAUGUUGUCUGUAGGAGUGCUGGAUUUCCUCUCACUUCGUUCACAGUUGUUCCGGUUGUAUGUAGAGCAUCACUGAUAUUAAGUUUCACUUUGUUUAUGCAGCACAUGAGUUGUUAAUGAAUAUGUUUGAAACUAGCAACACACCUGCUUGUAAAUUAGGAUGAGGUGUCUUUUUUUAGUGGGGUACGAUAUACACUGUUCAUAGUUUAAGGUCAGUAAGAUUUUUAAUUUAUUUAUAAAAAAUAAAUGCUUUCAUCCAGGAAGGACACAUUAAAUUGAUCAAAAGUAGAACUGAUUUUUUUGUAACAAUGUAAAAGUAUUUACCCUAUCAAAUAAAUAAUGUUCUUUUAAACCUAUUGAUAAAACAAUCAUAAAAAUGCAUCAGUUUCUGAAAUUUUUUGCCAUGAAAGGAGUAAAUUACAUUUUGUAAUUUGUAUUAAAACAAAGAAGGUAUUUUAAAUUGUACCAUUUCACAAUAAUACUGUCAUUUUAUCAAAUAAAUGCAGCCUUGGUUCAAAACCCGAAACUUUUAAAAGGUAGUGUGUUAAAAUAUUUUAGAGGAUGAAAAAAAGUGUAAUAUUUUUUACAGAUAUUGCUUCUCUAUUUUGAUUUCUUUGUUUCUUUGUGUCUUGAAUCUUUAUGACAUUGUUUGCAUGGCCUCUGAAAAUGGCCAUGAAGGACAUUGAUUUUGCUGAAACAUGAUCAGAGUUCACAUUUUUAUGUGUAUAGGAAAGCAACUGAUGUGCAGAUAUGCAAUUCCAAUGUAUCAAAACACCCACAUGCAAAUAGAAAGUGUCCUUUAGUAUCAAAGUUGCCUUGAUUUUGAAGUAUUUUUACAGUUGCCAUGUUAUAUAUUAAAACAAACGAGCUUGCUUAGUAAUAACAAAUGUAUAUUGAAACACUGGAGGUUCUCUUGGUUUCUGAGCACAUUUGUUUUUAGUAUAAACUGAUUGUUACAUGGAAUUUUACACAUUAGUGGUUAUGCUUAAAAUACAAUUUAACAAAUUGUUUUUCAUAUUUGAUUAAUUGCCUUAAAUGUAUUCAUUGGCUUUGAUUGUUCCUAUUUUGAAGGUAGAUGUUUUGCAUGAAGCCCCUCCCUAACUGUCAAUCAAAUUUUGAUUACCAAACAUCCAGAGGCCACAAUGUAGCAUAUUAAUCCAAAGAUAUUUAUAUGCAUUUCUAUCUACCGUAGAUGACUUUUUAAUGGGGGGAUCAAGAGCUAGAUUAGAAAUUCUAUAUUAAAUUGCCUUUACUGGUGGUAAGCAAUACUUACAUUUUACAUCUCUGUACAGUAUGUAGGUUGUAAAAAGAAAUGCUGAAUCUGUAGUAAUGUCACCAGCUCAACUUUCUCGUGCUCUCGUUUAAUGUUCAGACAGGAAACUGUUAAACAUUUUCUGAAACAUGUCGAAUGGAAAUGGCUUCUGUGUCAGAAAUGUAUGAAGGCAUGACAUCUUGAAUAAACAUAUCUCCUGUCCACUAACA